AUGGUUUUAGGAUCUUUGAAUGAUCCGUUCAUCACUCAAACAAUACCUGCUGGUCUACCAUUAUCAGAUGGCUUUGCAAUCCCAUUUAGACUCAGAAUGAGAUUCAACACAAUCAUUUGCUACCAUGAGAGGGAUCGAAGUUCACUGUUAAGCUUCAAAAAAGGCGUUGUUGAUCCCUCCAACCGCCUCUCUUCUUGGUCCACUCUCCGAGAUUGCUGUCAAUGGGAAGGAGUUUCAUGUGACUACGACAAUAGAGUCGCAGCUCUUGAUCUGUCAAGCUACAAUCAUCUAACAUCCUUGAGAGGUGAAAUCAACUUAUCUUAUUUACUUGCAAUUGAAUUUCUUGAAGUGUUGUAUUUGGACUCCAAUGACUUUGAACGCAUAAGCAUUCCGUCUAUCAAUAAUUCCUUCGCAACUCGAAGUCAUUUGCCAGCAAAUUCUUCUAAGCUUUCUCAACUGAGUUUAUCAGACAAUAUUCAUCUUCACAUGGAUAAUCUUCAUUAUUGGCCCUCUCGACUUCCCGCCCUAGCUAGUCUCGAUCUCAGUGGUAUUCAUCUUCCUAGUGAAACAAAUUGGGUGCAAUCGUUGGCUUUGCUACCUCUGGAGAGAUUAUAUUUGCAUGAUUGUAAUUUGACCAGCUCUAUUCGAUCUCUCCAAUAUGCCAAUUUUAGCUCAGUUUCAUACCUUGGUCUUGGUCUAAAUGAUUUUGGACAUGGAUUACCUAAUUGGUUGUUCAAUCUCAGCAAAGAUCUCUCCGAUCUUCAUCUCAGUCAAUGCAACUUGAGAGGUCAAAUUCCAGACUUUUCAGGCUAUCGAAAUAUGAAUUUCUUAGAUCUAUCUAACAACAAACUCGAAGGAUCAAUACCUGAUUGGCUUGGCCAGCUUGAUGGAUUAAGUUACCUUGAUCUAUCUAAUAACUCAUUUAACAGCUCUAUUCCUUCUAAUAUCGUAAACGAAUCAUCAUCUUUACGAUAUUUGGAUAUUAGCUUCAAUGAGUUGAGUGGUACACUCCCAAAAAUCCUUGGCCAUAAUAAUUCUCACAGCCCAAUUAGAAAGCACAUAUCGGGCUUCUGGCUAUCCGGUUUGAAAGUAUUUAUGUCAUUUAAUAAAUUCACAGGACAGCUUCCUCGAGUAUCAGAUGGGGUCCAAGUUUUGGAUUUAUCUUCUAACUUUUUCUCGGGACCUUUAUCUCCUUUGUUGUGUCACACUGAAAGUAACCAAACUGUUUUGGAGUAUUUGGACCUAUCAAAUAAUUUUCUCACCCAAGAACUUCCAGAUUGUUGGGACAAUUGGAAACUUUUGAAUUGUAUAUACUUAGGGAAUAAUCAGCUAUUUGGUCAUGUUCCAUCAACAAUGGGCUCAUCAUUAUAUAAUCUAAGGGCGCUAGAUCUACAUAAUAACGGCUUUUCUGGUGAUAUAUCUUGGACUUUCCAUAGUUUCCCAUUUUUGGUGCUGCUCAAUUUAGGAGGAAACAACUUCUCUGGAAGUAUACAAACAUUGUGGUUGCCUGAAAAUGUAAUGGUUGUGGAAUUGAGAUCCAAUCAAUUUACGGGCAACAUUCCAUCACGGCUGUGUAGUCUCUCUUUGAUUGUAUUGGACCUUGCCAAUAACAAACUUUCAGGGCCAAUCCCUCCUUGUCUACUCAACACAACCAAUUUUUUAGAAUUUCCUGGUGAACGAGAUUCAGCAAAUGAAUUAGCUUUUCCAGUAUAUGUCAUCCCAACUUCACAUGCAUUCAUGAAAAUUGAGUUGCACACAAAGGGUCAACAACGAGAGUAUGAUAAAAUUCUGAAGUUGGUUCGAAAUAUUGAUCUUUCAGCUAACAAUCUAUCGGGAGAAAUUCCUAUACCAUUAGCCAAGCUCAUUAAUUUACAAUCUUUAAACUUGUCCUAUAAUAAUUUGACAGGAGAGAUGCCGGAUCAAAUUAGAGAGAUGAAAUAUCUAGAAUCUCUUGAUUUAUCCCAUAACAACCUUCAUGGGAAUAUUCCUCAGAGUCUGUCUGACCUUUCUUUUCUGAGUGUUUUGAAUCUAUCUUACAACCAUUUUAGCGGACCAAUUCCACUUGGAACUCAGAUUCAGGGUUUUGAUACAUGGAGUUACAUUGGAAAUCCUAAGCUUUGUGGACCUCCUCUUCUAAAGAGCUGCACAGUAGAAGGAAAAACAAACAAUACAGAGCAGGUUGAAGAAAAUGAUGAUGGUGCUUUUUUGAAGUCAUUGUAUCUUGGAAUGGGAGUGGGCUUUGCCAUGGGAUUCUGGGUAGUUUGUGGUUCUUUGUUCUUGAGCAGGACAUGGAGGCACACUUAUUUUCAAUUUGUUAAUGGUGUGUUCGAUCGAAUCUAUGUCAUCGUGGCCAUAAAGCUACGAAGAUUCCACUAA